AUGAACUCAGAUGAUGACAACAUUCCGAAAACCAUCCACACAUCAGCUGUUACACCGAUUGUACAGCGAGACACUUCAAAAUGGUCAUCGUUCAGACACCAAGGAUAUCUCAUCAAUGCAGAAACUACGGCAGAAGUCACAAUAUUAUUUGAACAGCUUAGCAACGAGCGAACGUGGAACCCUUUCACACGAUUCUUAGUUGUGAUCAGUUUAUUGAAGGAAGAAGAACUGAAGAAAGUUUUUGAUGUGCUGUUAGAAGCACGCGUUAUCAACGUUCUUGUGGUGAACGGUACUGACGACGCACAUCUGUACACCUACAAUCCAUACGACAACUUCGCCUGCGGGAAGUAUUACGAGGACAUCAUAAGCUAUGGCAUAUGUCUACAAGCAACAAAUAAUCUCUACCCAAACAAACUCGUGACUGGCCUGAGAAACUGCACCUUACGUGCCACUGUUCCAAAUCGAAUUCCUUUUACUGUUGAUUCAACACAACCAAAUAAUGACAAACUAUUGAGAAUAGGAGUUGAACAAAAAUACUUCUCGGUGAAAGAUACCCUAACAUUCGUUCAUAUGGACACUGGUGACGAGAUUCUAGAAAUAGUUCACUCCUUGAUGACCACAACUGUUGUAUCCAAACAGAUUGAAACUCAAACACAUUUCAGGCACCAAGGUUAUCUUAUCACUGCGAAGACUGCUACGGAAUUCACUAAAUAUUUCCAAAAACUGCUCGAGGAGCCAACAUGGAAUCCGACCGCACGGUUUUUAAUUAUAAUCUAUUCACUGAAGGAAGAGGAUCUAAAGAAAGUUUUUGAUAUGCUGUUAAAAACACGCGUUAUCAACGUACUCGUGGUGAACGGUACUGACGACGCACAUCUGUACACCUACAAUCCAUACGACAACUUCGCCUGCGGGAAGUAUUACGAGUACAUCCUGAAUAGCAAUCUCUUAGAGUGCAUAAAUAAUAUUGUAGUAAAGUAUUUUUCUGAAAAGACAAUAACAUAUAUUGAUUUGAGUUCUGACGACGACCACGUUUUGAAAGCGAUUCACUCAGCAGCUGUUGCACCAAUUGUAUCUAGAGAGGCUACAUCACAAUCAUCGUUCAGACAUCAAGGAUAUCUCAUCACUGCGAAGACUACUGCAGGAUACGUAACAUUUUUUAAAAAACUCCUCAAAGAGCAAACGUGGAACCCGUACGCUCGUUUCUUAAUCAUAAUAAGCUCACUAAAGGAAGAAGACCUAAAGAAAGUUUUUGAUAUGCUGUUAGAAACACACGUUAUCAACGUUCUUGUGGUGAACGGUACUGACGACGCACAUCUGUACACCUACAAUCCAUACGACAACUUCGCCUGCGGGAAGUAUUACGAGGACAUCAUAAGCUAUGGCGUAUGUCUACAAGCAACAAACAAUCUCUAUCCUAACAAACUCGUGACUGGCCUGAGAAACUGCACCUUACGCGCCACUGUUCCACAUCGAAUUCCUUUUGCCAUAGAUCCAUCACAACCAGACGUAGACAAACGAUUCAAAUUAGGGAUUGAACAACAUUUAUUCAAAUUGAUUGGAGAAACAGAACACUUCGAAGUCGAUUUUAGUCAUGACGUUGAAAAUAUUUUCUCUGUGAUAAAUUCAAAGAUGGAAGUUUCAGGACCAAUGGUGAAGCUUCAGAAUAACGAAUCUGAUGUCAUGUUGGGUUGCGUUGUAUUGUCAGAUGUUCGAGCUGAUACACCAAGGCUAUCUUAUCAUUGCGAAGACUACGGCAGAAUUCACAGAGUAUUUUCAAAACCUUCUCGAGGACCCAACAUGGAACCCGACUGCGCGAUUCUUAAUCCUAAUAAGGACACUAAAGAAAGAUGAUUUAAAGAAAGUGUUUGACGUACUAUUAAAAACACGCGUUAUCAACGUACUCGUGGUGAACGGCACUGACGACGCACAUCUGUACACCUACAAUCCAUACGACAACUUCGCCUGCGGGAAGUAUUACGAGGACAUCAUAAGCUAUGGUGUAUGUCUACAAGCAACAAACAAUCUCUACCCAAACAAACUCGUGACUGGCCUGAGAAACUGCACCUUACGCGCCACUGUUCCACAUCGAAUUCCUUUUAGUAUUGAUCCAUCACAAAUAUCUGUAGAUGAUCGAUUAAAAGUAGGUAUUGAGCAAACUAUAUUUAAAAUACUAGCAGAGACAGAACAAUUCCAAGUCAGCAAUCUGUUGCUUCAUGGACACACUAUCAGUAGCAGAUGGUCAGUUAAGUGUGUGCUCAUACUAUGGAUGUGGUUCGCGUAUUUGAUCAACUCCUUCUACCAGUCUGGUCUUGUUAGCCUCACUACAAAUCCAGCUAGUGAAUAUCAGAUCAGCAACGAAGAAGAUAUCGCUCGUCAUGGGCUAAGACCAUGCUUUAGUUCAGUAAUGGAGAAAUACUACAUAGAGUCUGUACAAUCAGAUGAUGACUACAAGAGGAUUGAGGGUUGUGUUGGAUUAGUAGAAAGUAUAACGACUGUAAUAAAAUCCAAUGAUCUGUAUUCUAUAAUGUUGAAUGGACAGUAUGAGUACAAUGAAGAGGUAUUUUUAGAUGAUUAUGGUAAUACAUUGGUUAUGUUGCUAGCAAGGCCUUAUUCCAAGGUAAUGUACUCCAUAUUCCUGUAUAAAGGUUUUCCGAUGAUACAUCAGCUGCACCAUACGUCCCUUAGACUCAGGGAGCUCGGUUUGGUGGACAAAGUGAUCGAUGAUAUGAACUAUCUUCGAGACUUAGAACAACAUUUUGUGAAAGAAGACUUUCAAGUACGUUUUGCUAUUCCUUGGAGGAUCUACAUUUUUGGUUGCUCUGUGGCUACCAUCACAUUCGUUAUAGAAUUAAAUAUGCCCAAGAACUCGGACUUAAAACUCGUUCAAAAUUAA